AUUGAAAACAAAGCCCUGACAGUCCAUGAAAAUUUCCCGUGGAGUUGUUUGCCCGGAUUCGAUUCUGGAUUUCCAGGGCUAUAAUCUGCCUCCUUAACCGUCUCGUCCAUCCGGCAAUCAAAUUCAUCGCUACUGAGACAGAUCACCAUUCUUUAAUACGGUAAUCAGUUCAAACUAGAGUAAACGGUACAGUUAUUGGCCAUUUCGAAUUUAAACUUCUUUCAAAAGAGUUUUACAAAAGGUGUUUUUGAAAUAUUGCGUGGCAGUAUUAAUACAAGUUUCUGCUGUUAACAGGUAAUAAAAAAUUCAACAUAUUUUUAUGCCGUUGCGUAUGGCGAAUAAUUAAACAAUUUGCAUUUUUGUAAAAAAAAAAAAAAAAACAAGGCGCAUUUUAGAUUGCAUUAUAAUUUUUGUAUAUGUGGGGUGGGCGAUCUGCCGAAGAGAAAUGCCUCCAGGGAGGUUUUCUAUGGGUAACUGGAUCCUACUUAGGUGUUAUAAACGUGAAGAAACCCGAAAAACUCCUCGUGGCCAGCCCGUUGGCCAGGCGCGAACCCACGACCAACUACUGUACUAGUUUUCAGCGGUUUUAUCCACUCGGUCUCUGGUGGACCGCAUUUUGGAUUAGACAUUCUAUAUAUUGGCAGUAGAAAAGCUAUAAAAAAUCGAAUUCAUCAGUAGUAUAAUAUAUCCCGAUCUAAUAUUUCUCGUUAUGUCAUAGAAUUAUUUUAAAAAUUUCCUUAAAUGGUCAAUAACUGUACCAUUUACCCUAACUUAAUUGCAUUAUGUAAAGUAGAUUGAUCAAAAUGCUAUAGAGAGGGAAAAAACGCAAAAUUUUAUAUAUUAAAAAAUGAAAAUGUAUACUUAAUGAUGACAAAGCAUACAGAUAUUUUCUUUCUCUUUUCAUAAAGAAAGAAAGGGGGAAAAAACUUCAGAAAUGGGCGAUGUCGAUCUUUCCUUAGGCGUAACUCAUUUUUAUAUUUAAAAAGUUUAAUUCCGAAUGAAAAAGUAAUCAUGCAGUGGUGAGAGAAUGACAUCCCAAAGUUGCUGUAUAUCUUCCACCAAUCUCAGAUGUUUGGCUUUGACGUCGGUGGUGUUCUCCCUGGUUUGCAUUUUUAUGUUAUCCCUCUAUUACUUAAUUCUUAGAGACGAAGGUGCCAUUCUGGAGCGGGAAGCUGGACUUUUUUCUCAACCGCAAUCGUGGCAUCCCAUUUGCUCUCUUCCGGAGGGAGAAAGAUUCGAUUGUUAUCCGGAAGACGGAGAGGUUCUAGAGGAAAUGUGCUCGGCUAGAGGAUGUUGCUGGGACAAUUCGACAAAAACACCCAUCAAAUGUUUUUAUUCUAAAAAUCAUGGAUACAGAAUGAUCGAGCAGAAGAGCUUUCAGCAGGGUAUUGAAAUCCUUCUGACGCGUUUGCCUUCACCUUCUAGAUAUGGAGAAGAUAUUCAUCACGUUAAGGUUAGAGUGGAAAUGCAGACUUCUACUCGUUUAAGAGUUAAGUUUUUUGACUCGGAAAAUGAAAGAUACGAGGUUCCAACACCUAAAAUACCAGUAGAGCCUUCAUUUAAUCCUAUUAAGGAAAAGAAUCCUUUAUACGGGAUCUCUUACGAUUCUUCUGAUGGUCCUUUUUCCCUCGAGGUACAUAGAGCGGGUACAGAUAACACCAUUUUUCGGAUGUCUGGUCACGGUUUUGUCUUCUCGGAUCAAUUCCUACAAAUCACAUUGAAGCUACCUUCGGAGAACCUGUACGGAUUAGGAGAGCACUUCCAUUCGCAUUAUAAACACGAUAUGAAAUGGAAAAAUUGGACUCUAUUUUCCAGCUACAAUCAGGAUCAAAUUUACAACAUGGCGAGCGUGAAUCCUAGCUACAUGUGUGUAGAACAGGACGGAAAAGCGCACGGUGUUUUACUGUUUAACAGUAAUGCAUUAGAAGUGUCAGUAUUGCCGACGCCGGCUGUGACCUUUCGUGCUAUUGGAGGCGUUUUAGAUUUUUAUUUCUUUCUGGGACCUACUCCGGAGGAAGUCGUACAACAAUACACACAAGCUUUAGGUAGACCCACGAUGCCACCCUAUUGGGCACUUGGCUUCCACUUAGGAUUUCAACAAAAUGGCCAGAUAUUGAAAAAAUUACACAGAAUGAGGUCGAAGGAUGUUUCGCACGAUGUUUUACAUCUGGAAGCGAACCAUAUUGACGAUCUAUCAUUAAUUAUGGAUCAGAUUCAGAAGCUUGGUUUAAAAUUACUUGUAGUAGUUUCACCGGAAAUAUACACAGAACUACAGCAACAGAAAUAUUUUUAUCGUAAUGGACUAGAAAAAGGAAUAUUCAUUAACGAUACUUGGGGAUAUCCAUUUAUAGCUAAGGGAAGAUAUGGCAACGUUGUCUUUCCAGAUUUUGGUAAAUCAGCCACAGAAUAUUGGUGGCAAGAUAGAAUUCGUAAGCUUUCCGUCAUCCCAUUUGAUGGAAUUUGGUUGGAAAAUAAUAUUCCAGUUAAUUUAGCGAAUGAUUCCGAAGAGCAUUGCUAUCCAGAUUCACUGAAUGAACCUCCAUAUUUACCAAAAAUCGACAGAAAACAUCUAUACGAAGGUACCUUAUGCAUGGAUUCUGUGCAACAUUGGAAACAAACAAUGCAUUACCAUUAUUAUAUGCAUAAUUUAUAUGGUCAUCUCAGCAUAAUUUCUACUUACAAUGCUUUGAAAGCCCUAUCUAAAAACAAGAGGAAUCUGAUAAUCAGUCAGUCUACUUUCGCCGGUUCCGGAAAAUAUUCGGGACAUCAGAUAAAACAUCCAUUUAAUCAAUGGGAGGACAUGAAGAACAUCAUUCCUCUUAUUUUACAAUUCAGUUUGUUCGGAAUACCUUAUGUAGGUUUCCCUUUGUGUUCUUGCGAUAGAAAUUACGAAGAAGAGUUGUGCAUUAGGAACAUUCAGCUAGGAGCUUUCUACCCGUUAAUAUUUAGUCAUGUUUCUGACGACGAUCAAUUAUGCAGUUCAAGAGUGGACAUGGAGUACGUCACCAGACAGUCACUUCGAAGAAGAUAUGAACUUUUACCCUAUCUUUAUACGUUAUUCCAUUUAGCUAAUGUCCAUGGUUCGACCGUUGCUAGACCUCUUUUUCAUCAAUUUCCCCAAGAUUCCGUUACCUAUGACAUUGAUCAACAAUUUUUGUGGGGAGACUCUCUCAUGAUUUCUCCAGUUGUAGAAAAGGGUUCUAUUACUGUUAAUGCUUAUUUUCCAAAAAGUUUAUGGUACGACUAUUAUAAUGGAAAGGGUUUUGAAUCAGUUGGAGAAUGGAUCACCCUACAGGCCCCUUUGGACAGAAUUAGCCGCCCUGUCAACUUACAUGUUUUAGGUGGUCAAAUUAUUCCUACUCAACAGGCAGCUAAUACAACUUCCAUUAGCCGCAAGAAUCCUAUGGGUCUAGUUAUUGCUCUGAAUGCUUCAAAUCAAGCUGUGGGAGAACUCUUUUGGGAUGAUGGAGAAUUGAAAGAUUCUAUAUCUGCUGGAGAAUAUAUCAAAGUCAAAUUUAGUGUAUCACAGAAUACUUUAACAGUUAAAGAAGAAUUAGGGAAAAAUGCUUUCCGUUCUAGUUUUAGAGAAUUGCAUAUACAGUAUGUUCGUUUGAUGGGUUUAAAAACUAAACCUUUGAAAAUUACCAUUGAUGAUAAUUAUAUUUUGGCAAAAGAACAGUAUAAAUGGGAUGAAGAAUAUCAGUUUUUACAACUGCAGCAGAUUCUGAUCCCUCUGACUGGCAAAACUGUAAUCGAAUGGUUCCUCUAGUAACUAUGCCAAGAAUAUGCAAAUUCUCGUUUAUUCACAAUAGAAUGUAAAUUUCCAAAUUGUGAUUAACAGAUUUUUAUUUACUUUUAAAGCUAUUAAGAAAUAAAAUAUUUUCAUAGACAAAAUAAUUAAAAUAUUUAAAUAUCAGUAAUUCUUAUGAAUUGACAAUUUAUGAACUUUCAAUUCAUAAUAAAGUAACUUAUUUUCCUUAUCAUCAU